CACAGAGGUGCGAGGAUUCACUGAUCAACAGAAGGAAGAGUACUUCAGAAAGAGAAUAUCAGAUGAGUCUCAAGCCUCCAGAAUUAUCUCACACAUCAAAACAUCUCGUAGUCUUUACAUCAUGUGCCACAUUCCUGUCUUCUGUUGGAUUACAGCUAUUGUUCUUCUGGAAACUCUCACUGAGAACAAGACUGAGGAGAUUCCCACAACACUCACUGAAAUGUACAUUCACUUCCUUAUAAUACAAAUGACCAUGAAGAACAGGAAACAUGAUGAAGACCUUGAAAGAAACUAUGCAAAGUUGUUGGAUUCAAAUAAAACAAAGAUUUUAAAAUUGGCCAAGCUAGCUUUUGAACAACUAAAGAAUAGAAACAUAAUGUUUUACGAGAAAGAGCUGAAAAAGUGUGAUAUUGAUGUAAAUGAAGACACACCUGAGUCCACAGGAAUGCUCACUGAGAUCUUUAAGAAAGAAGCUGGACUUCAUGAGAUGAAGGUCUUUUGCUUUGUACAUCUGAGUGUUCAAGAGUUCCUCGCUGCACUACAUGUGUUCAUGAGCUACCUGAACAAGAACCUGGAGGAGCUUCAGUUUUUCUUCAGUAAUUUAUUCUUUUUUAGAAAAAUCCUCAAAAAAGUUACUCUGCAUGACUUACUGAAGAAAGCUGUUGAUAAAGCAAUAGAGAGUGAAACAGGGCAUUUUGACCUUUUCUUGAGGUUUCUGUUAGGUAUUUCAUUGGAAUCCAAUCAGAAACUGCUGAAUGGGUUGUUUAAUGUCACUGUGAACAGUACAGAGAGCAUCACAAAAGUUAAAGAGCACAUUAAACAAUUACAAAACCACAACAUCCAAGCUGAAACUUCAGUCAAUCUAUAUAACUGCCUGCUUGAGCUAAAAGACAAAUCAUUACACGAGGAAAUCCAGCAAUACCUGAGUUCAGGUGAUCAUUCAGGAAGAGAACUCUCAGCUUCAAUGUGUUCAGUGUUGACCUACAUACUGCUGAUGUCAGAUGAGGUGAUGAAUGAGUUUGACAUGAAGAUGUACAACACAUCACCUGCAAACUACAUGAGACUGAUCCCAGCUGUGAGAUGCUGCAGAAAAGCUGAAUUGACAGACUGUACUUUCUCUGUGGAGUGCUGUGAAAGUUUAUCAUCAGCUCUACAAUCAUCAAACUCUCCUCUGAUAGAGCUGAACCUGAGUUACAAUAACCUGCAGGAUUCAGGAGUGAAGCUGAUCUCUAAUGGGCUGAAGAGUCCACACUGUAAACUGGAGAUUGAGAUUGACAGGCUGUAAUCUCACUACUGAGUGCUGUGCACUUUUAUCAUCAGCUCUACAAUCAUCAAACUCUUAUCUGAAAUUGCUGGACCUGAGUUUAAAUCACUUACAGGAUUUAGGAGUGAAGCUGAUCUCUGGUGGACUGAAGAGCCCACAAUGUAUACUGGAGAAAUUGAGAUUAUAUGGCUGUAAAUUGACCGAGCAUGGCUUUUCUUAUCUGGCAUCAGCUCUGAAGUCAAACCCCUCACACCUAAAAGAGUUGGAUUUGAGCCAUAAUCUCUCAGGAGCGUCAGGAUUGAAGCUGCUUUUUGAUCUUGUAAAAGAUCCAAACUACAGACUGGAAAAUCUUGAGUAGGAUGUUGGAAAUGUAGAUUUAGACACGUGUCUUCAGCUUUUAUUGUUUUGUCUUGUUAUAGGCUAAAUGUUGUCUCCCGUCUUGUGUGUAGACACCUGUGAUCUCACACUGGAUUCAAGCACAGCACAUAAUGAGGAGCUAUAAGAGAUUGUGUUUGUUCAGGUUUUGUGUAGAGAGAGACGCUGUCUCAACACUGUUGCCGGGAAACUGAAUGAAGUGGAUUGAUGAAUCUGCAAAAAGAUGGAGUAUUGACUUCAAGUCCUAGAGUCUGAGCUGCUCUGACUUGGUUUUGUUUCUGGCACAAUUAUAUGCUUUCCCCACAUAUUCCUUUCAAAGAGGAAAUACACUGAGUAAGAUGAUAAAGACUUAUUACUUAAAAUUACUUCACAUUUACACCUAUUUAUUAAAGGUAGAGCGGAAGAUUUUCUUUUUCCGGGUGGAUCAUCAAGAUUAUUGGUCAUCCUAGUUUUCAAUCAUUCAGAUGAUAUGUUGACGUAAGGUCAACAUGAAGGUACGUGCUCGUCCCUAGGUUCGCUUUCUGAACAUGCGCACUUUGAGGUGUAUAUGUGUGGUGGGCUACGGCUUCAGCCAUUCAUUGAAACUCGCGUUCUCACCGUGUUUUUUCAAAAUGUCUGAGGGUCGCAAGAGAAAAAGUGUCUACAAAUUGCAUGACACAAAGAGAAAGGCCUCUGAAGAAAGAAACAAGACCAGAGUGUUUUUAGGAGAAUAUUUCACAUGCUGGCGUUGUGAAAUAUUGUAAGUUAUUUGAACAAACCAUAAUUACAUAUUAAACUACUCCAUAUAUUGAGUAUUCCCAGUUAACAGACAAAAGUUCUAAGAACGUUCCCUGAAAGAUCCCAACAUUCCGCCAAUGUAAAAAGUGUCCAGUUUUCUUGACAUUCUAAGAACAUUUUUGUGUUUUGUGAACGCUGGAGAAAUGUUACAUUUUACCAUUUUCAAACGUUAUGACAAUGUCAUGUUUUAAUCUUCACACAAUGUUUAAAACAACAACUGUUCAUUAUAUUGACUUGUUUGAUUGUUAUGUAAAUAAUAAAGAAACAUUGCAUUUUAUUAUUUUAUAAAACA